AUGUAUACACCAAUUCAUGUGAUAAAUCCGAGUGUAGAUCACAGCCCAGUCGUUGACACUGACAGCGAUUAUAUGCAGAAUUUGUCGCUAAAAUUGGAUUCACUGCUGCAGAGUAUGGAUCUGUUGACAAGUCGUGACGUAACCGAAAGUACACCAAUCCAUGUGAUUAAUCCCAUCCAAUAUCACAGCCCAGACUCUGAUAACCAAUUAUCAUCCAAGAAUGUAUCAGAAAGGAUCUUGCUGAGAGAAAGUUCUCUGGAUGAUGGAUUUUCCGCUGAGCUGAGACAGCCGUCUAAGACAUAUCUUUGA